AUGGUCGAUAACCGUGGCCCCCAACUAGAGGGCGUCAUCGCCCUCUUCCUGGUUACUAGCAUCGUGUGUGUCGGACUGAGGACCUAUGUUCGAGCCGCCAUGCUCAGGUCCUUUAACUUGGAUGACUAUCUUGCAGUUGGGACGCUGAUCUUCUUCAUUAUAUUUUGUGGCUUUGCUCUCCAGGCCAUCCAUUUCGGCGCUGGGCGUCGCCUAAGUGCUGUCCAAAAGCAGCACGUGCCCAAGAUCCUCAAGUGCAGGUGGUUCGGUGAAUUCUUCUACGUCAUCACCUCAGUGCUUGUCAAAUAUACAGCCGGCAUCUUCCUGCUCCGUAUCAUAUCGGAUCGGUGGCAGAAGAUGCUAAUAUGGACUGUCCUUGGUGUAAUCCUCGUUUUUAACAUCUUUUACCUUUCUAUUGUUGUCUUCCAAUGUUCUCCGCCGAACUACUACUGGACUCGUUUUGUGGCCUCUGGAAGAGGACACUGCUUGCCGAAGCCAUUUAUAUCCAACACAGCAUAUGUCGGCUCUGCCAUUAACGCAUGGGCGGACUGGAUGCUUGGUCUCUUGCCUAUUUAUGUUGUGUGGAAGCUGACACUUAAGAUACGGGAUAAGCUGCUGGUGGCGGGUAUCCUAGCCUUAGGAUCGAUUCCUGGCGGUGCUCUCGACACUGACUACUGGAUAAGUGCCUGUUGUGCGACUAUCGUACGUAUGGUCUACGUCUGGCAACUCACAGACGCCGAAGAUUUCCUCUAUGAGUUCACCGACAUCGCCAUCUGGAGCACCGUCGAGAAUGGCCUCGGCCUCACAGCGGUGUGCAUGGCGACGCUGCGGCCUUUGAUCCGGAGCCUGAAAUCACUCUAUCGUGGGAAUAGCAACGAAGCUCAUCCGACACAAAACGGAACGAUCAAUUUAUCUAGAACGGUGUUCCAACACCGCGGGCUUCCUAUUGACUCGUACCCAGACGUGAUAAAUGACCCUUGA